CCACCUCCGAUGUCAAUGGAGGUUUUUCAGUUGACGCCGGAGAUUCCUCUCCGUUUCAAUCCUACACCACUAAACUUCUCCAAUCGUAGCAGAAUCAACUUCUGCCGGCCGUUAUCAGCAACCAGCGACUCUCGAUUCGGUACACCGGAUUCAGAGUCCCGGAACCGGAUGUUCAUUCUCGGGACGGGAUUCGUCGGAGGAUUCUUCGCGGAAAAGCUCAAAGAAGCAGAUUGGUUGGUUUCAGGGACUUGCAGGAGUGAAUCGAAGAAGAAAGAGUGGGAGAAGAAAGGAAUCGAUCUUCACCUAUUUUCUGCUGAUUCACCUCAAUGGAGGUUGCUAGAAACAGUGAAAGAUUACACUCACCUGCUCGUUUCCAUUCCACCUCUAGCUGACAUUGGUGAUCCGAUGUUGCGGAAUGUAGAACUUGUCAGAGAGAAGCUCUCGAGUGGAAAUCUUCAAUGGCUUUGUUAUCUCUCUUCAACAAGUGUUUAUGGAGACUAUGGUGGUGCUUGGGUCACUGAAGAUGAUCCCCCUAAUCCUAAAACACAGUCAGCUAAGAUAAGGCUAGCUGCAGAGGAAGGAUGGUUGAGCUUGGGGAGUGAUCUUGGUCUUUCUACUCAAGUCCUUCGACUUGGUGGUAUCUAUGGACCUGGUCGCAGUGCGAUUGACACUUUGUUAAAGCGGGAGCAUUUGUCUGAAACUCAACUGAGAAGAGCGUCCCGUAGAUUCACCUCCAGAGUCCAUGUUCAAGAUAUAUGCCAAGCUCUUCAAGCUUCCAUUGAAAACCCAUCAUCGAGAGAGAUCUACAACAUCGUCGAUGAUGAUCCAGCACCAAGAGAAGAGGUGUUCCAAUACGCCUUGGAGUUGAUUGAAAAACGUUGGAAAAGGAAGAUCGAAACGAAACCGUUUCUGUAUGAGUCUCGGGAGCAGAGUUCACUGAGAGGCGAAAAACGAGUUAGUAACCAACAUAUGAAGGAUAAACUAGGAGUCAAAUUGCUCCAUCCUUCGUACAAGUCGGGACUACAAAGCAUUGUCGAGAAGAUGGACAACCCGUUUUAAGCACGGAUCAGGCGGCCAAGACUGCUGAAUCACGACAAGAAAGUGCAUGGCAUCAGUCUGUGAGAAUUACCAUUAUUAGAUUUUGCAUCAGUUCCCAUAGAUGAUGCCAUUUCUGAAACGUUUGGCAUCGUUUAAAUAUCAUCCCUGGCUAAGGGGCUACUCCACUUGGAGCUAAUGGAACCAAAGUGCCAUUUCAUAAAAGACUUGGACCUGGAGCUUUUGGUGCUCGAUUAUAAAUUCUACAUAUUUUUAUC